AUGCCCUCCCACAAGACAGAGUACGCGAAUAUGCGGUGGGGUAUGAAAAGUGAAGAGCCUCGGAGGCGCCCUCCACAUACGGAGGAUGACGAGUGGGAGGACGUCUCUGAAUCCAGCACGCUUGUCCGAUCUCCCAGCCCCUCGCACUCCUCUUCGACUCCCCGUAAGCGCAAGACGCAGCGGGGUACCAAUCAUGCCGUGUCAGCCUCCGCUCGCAAAACCACAACUAAGAAGGGCAAAGUACCAAAAGGUUCGAGCGACACAAGCAUCGUCAAGGAGCAUGCAGUUCUUAUAACACGCGACGAACUCUACGACAAUGCCAUCCACGCAUCCAGAUACACCGUGCGCUACGCGAUCGAAGUCGUCGGCCGCGCCAUCCACCUCAUGCGCUACCCACUCGCCCUCUUGCUCUUCACCUAUCUCCUUGCCUUCGUCUUCGGUCGGAUCAAGGUCGCGCUCUCGCCACUCUGUAUCUUACCCGGCAUAUCGAGCACGGCGCUCUGCUACAACCCUCCACUGCCACCAGACGGCAUGAAGAUUCCUCAAGUGGGCAAUUUCCCCGAGAUGAUGCAGACACAGAACAAGUUCGAGCAGCUCCUUGAAGACACCGCGGGCGGUGCCAGCCUCUCCCUCGAGAUGAAGAAGGCCGAGAUCGCCACUCGCGACCUCACGACCCUCGUGCGCAUCAGCAAUCUCAAGAGCAAGGACGACCUUGGCAGCGUCCUCGGCAACAUCGUUGACGAAGCGAAAAAGACUGGCCGAGGCUUGCAUCGUCUCGGUACCAAGGUCAUUCGUGCCGUCGACGAGGUCAUUGCGGCCAACAACGCCGCUCUGCACACUAUCGAGGCGGCCCAGAACCACGCUUCAUCGUUCUCCUUCGGCGACCUCGUUGUAUGGGCGCCGAAACGCGACGUUGGCGAGGUCGUCCGCGUGACCUUCACGCAGGCGAUGGAGGUUCAGUCACAGGCCAUGGCUCGGCUCCUAGUUGAGCUGACCGCUCGCCUCGCCGACCUCGAUCGCUUGGAGGAGCUGCUCGAUUACCUGCAUGAGAUCGUCGCGCGCGACCACAAGAUCCUCAAAACCGAGAAAGACGAGCUGCUAGCUCAGCUCUGGACCAUCCUCGGCGGCAACCGCGACCAGCGGCGCGAGCAAGACGACCAUAUCGCCCUUCUGAAUGCCCUCGGUGGCUACAGAAAGGAAGCGCGGGCGCAGGUCGUUGGCGCGCUGCACACGUUGCAGUCUAUGGAGGCGGAGAUGGAGGACCUGCGCGACCGUGUAACGGCGCCGAACCUCGCAGAGCAGGCCGGGCUGAAUAUCCCGGUCAGGGUGCACAUCGACAGCAUUCGCGACAGUCUCAUCAGACUCAAGGAUAGCCGGAUCCAGGCGAGGGAGGAAGAGGAAGCGGCGGUCAACAAAGUCCUGAGUUCCGCGUAA